AUGGAUAGGCAUGGAGAUAUGAUCAAAUUUACAGAUACUUGGAUCAGUGAUAUUUCACCCAUGGCAAGGCUAAUUUUAGAAGAUAAUAAAGAGAUUGUUAGGAAACUAAAGGUGAAUUGGAAUCACGAAAUUGGAUUUGAGAUUCAAGAUGGAGACUAUAAACACAUAGUUGAUCUGGUUAAGAAGACAUGUACCUGCAGGUUGUGGCAAUUGAGAGGUAUACCUUGCAAAUAUGUAGUUUGUGCCUUGUAUCACAUUGGAUAUGAAUCGAAAAAUUAUGUGGAGCAUUGGUAUAGAAGAGAUACAUUCCUACGUGCUUAUAAGUACUUCAUACAACCUAGCUCUAACAUGAUAAUGUGGCCUGAAAGUAACAAUCCACCCAUUAAACCACCUGAAGUUAAGCCAAUGCCGGGAAAACCUUCAAGAAAUAGAAAAAAAGCUAAAGAUGAAUCAAGAAAGAAAAAAUGGGGGAAAGCAUCAAAAAUGGAGUAA